AUGAAAAAAACAUUUAUAUUCCCAGAUAGAGAAGUCCAUGUUCAUGGAUGUGAGAUGAAGAUUAAUGGUAUUGUUAUUCCAAUGGUCAAGGAAGGAAAGCAGAUGUGCUUUUACACAGUCGAUGGCAAAUGGGUCGUCACUGGUGGAACCACCCGUUCACUAGGAUUUGACUUACAACUAUACUUUAACGGCAUCAAUGUCGAGACUGGUAAGCAUAUUGACUGUAAGCCAAAGGUCACUGUUGGAUACGUCCUCCUCUUUAUCCUCUUUUUCCUCUUGGGUCUCUUCUUUGGUCUAUUUGCCUUGGUCUUGAUCCCAAUCAUUUUCCUCGGAUUCUGGCUCGGCUACAGAGACCGUGUAGUCUUUGUCAAUCUUCCACAAGCCGUCAUUGUCACUCCAGAGGUUGUCGUCAUUCCAAACGGCUACCAACAACAAGGUUAUGCCCCACAAGGUUAUGCCCCACAACAAGGUUACGCUCCACAACCAGGUUACGCCCCACAAGGCUACUAUGCUCCAGCUGGCUACAACACCACUGCUGGCGGUGCCCCACAACCAUACCAAUCAUACACCACCCAACAACAGCAACCACAACAACAACCACCACAAUACCAACAAGGUCCAACCAUAGACGCUGUUAUCCAACAAGAGCAAGACCAAAAGGUUUCCGAAAAAUCCAAACUUAUUGAUUAA